AUGCCACGCCAGGCCGCCGAUCUCGAGGAGGCUCUCAACAAGAAGGGUGGAUUGACCCUUUCGCAACUGCUGAACUACGAUGACUUUAUCACGGACGCGCUGGUCGACCGUGUAUGGUACUGGUCUACGAUUCGGAAGAUGAAGCCUGGGUUCCACGCGACUCGCGGAGUGUCAGAAGAAGAAGUCUGCAAGAUCGUACAGUUCAAUGUAGUCAUCGACAAGGACGCCAAAAGUGCACAUGGUAAAUUGUUGGAGCUGCCUGGCAUAAAACGGUAUCAUCAUGGCUUGGGUACCGAGGACGAAAGGGAACAUUUUCGACGACAUCUACGCAGAUAUGUUAACAUCUAUCUUCCGGAGUGUCCAUUCGAGGUUGCUACGACAAACCGAUAUACCAUCAUGACUUCAGAGGCUGCGGCCUUCGCUCGAAAGCGGAUAAAGAAAGGUGAAGCGGUCAGGCAUCUUACUGGAAUCCAGGUCGAGUUGUCGGAAGAGCAGGACAAGGAGAUGAGAGCGGGCCGUACGGACUUCAGCAUCGUCAGAUCCUCUCGUCGCAACCGGUCCUGUCUGUUUCUUGGCCCUGCACGCUUCGCCAAUCACGAUUGUAAUUCUAAUGCGAAAUUGAACACGACAGGAGCUCUUGGUAUGGAGAUCUGCGCGAAACGUGAUAUUGCAGUAGGCGAGGAAAUCACUGUUGAUUAUGGCGAGAACUACUUUGGUGCUGAUAAUUGUGAGUGCUUGUGUGCCACUUGCGAGCAGCACCAGCGGAAUGGAUGGGAUCCUCGCGGAGCGAUUCUGAGGAGCUAUAGCGACGACGAAGAUUCCGAUGAAGAUGCCGAUGAGGCGAAGGAGGUCCGCGUACGACCUGCAGAGGUGUCGAAAAAGCGCAAGCGAGGCGAAGAUGUACCCAGGCCUUAUGUCUUGAAACCAGAGUCGGCGAACAGUCGUGGGCCUGGCCGACCUAGAAAGUACCCACUGCCUCCUGGCGAGACGAUGAGCAAGUACAAGAAGCGGCGAGCGCAUGCUGAGGCGUUAGCUCGAGGCGAAUCAAGACCGAGCACUUCUGGAAGCGAGCAGAGCAACGAUAUCCGAGUCCGAUCACAGCAUGAGGCGCCGUACGACGAUGUUCUGGCCAGAAUCGUGCGGUUGCUUAAUAUGGUCGGCGAUAGAGCCAUGGCUGAGCAAGAUCCCGAGUAUCGCCAGCCGCAGAACGAAUGGGCAGACGACACUCGUCCACCGGAGAUCGCAGAGAGUGAAAUUGACGAGCACGACGACCGGGUGCCUGACUUCGACGAGGACCAGACGUACCAUAAGAGCGACCUUCAAAAGUAUCCUGGCAAGCAGUUUCAUCACAAGGGCAACGCUUGGUAUCGUCCUGGUCCGGAUCCGACGGGCAAGUUCAAGACCAUCGUAGUGCCGGAUCCAAAUCCAGGAAGCAGACAGCCACAGCCUGCUGAUGUGGAAAUGGACGACGUUCUCGAAAACGAAAAUGAGGAAGAGCCAGUCGUGCCAGGAAGUGCAUCACACCACCCACGAGGCUCACGUAGUCGGUCGAGAUCUUCCAGGGUGGUGGGUGACCUUUCGAAUCUGCCACGCAGUUUGCCUUACGUACAAGCCUUUUCGAGGAGCCCAGAACGAGACACAUCGGAUAGUGGCCGUAGAGGAGCCAUCGCAUCACCUCGGAAUGAGGUUGAGCCUGCUGCGUUGUCGAGUGUGAAGAAGGAACACAGUCGCUCAAAUCUAAGACAGGUUCUGCAUGCCGCAUCGACUGAUAUCUGGUCCGUACCGGAGUCACCGGAGCCAGAGUCCAUAUCGCGAGCCAAAGGACGGGAAGGUGUGUCCGGACAAUCGCUGGACGCUGUAUCUGCCGGGUCUACCUCUCCAUCAAGUCGUGGUCUGGCAGAUAGUUCCAGCAACGAGAGCUUGGCCUCGAGUGCGACCAGCGAAGAGACACAUGGUCACAACGAGGUAUUUGUGGCUGGUAGCAUUGCCCAAAGGAUUUGCGAUUUGUUGACUACGAAUGCUCCCGCCGAGGAGGAGACCAUGGAAAUCGAUAGCGAUGGUGAAAUGAUACAAGUAGAUGAAGCUGAGACCCGAGAGACCGCACCCGCACCAACACCAAAGCGUGGCCGCAAAACAGAAGCAGAACGCCUGCGAGAAGCAGACGAGGUCUCCCAAUCACGAUCCAUGACCCCACGCAGAGGCAGACAACGAACCCGCCAAAACAUAUCCACGCUCCAAACAGAACACUCCAUAAACCCAAUCGCCAGCAUCGAACUCGAACAAGAAGAAGACGACGACGAGCCCCUCUCCCCCGGCGCCCGCCGCGGUCCCCCCCGAACCCCCGGCGACUACCACCUCUGCCGCGCCCUCCUAGCAACAGCCUACCACCGCUGGGUCGAAUGCCGCAACUGCGACCAAUUCUUCGUCCAAUCCGAAGCCUACUUGACCCGUAUAGCCUGCCCCCGCUGCGAAAGGCAUUCCAAGCUUUACGGGUACUACUGGCCCAAAACGGACCGGGAAGAUAAAUUCGAUACCGAGAAGCGGAUUACGGAUCAUCGGGAGAUCCAUCGGUUUAUUGAUCCCGAGGAAGAGAGGUUCGAGCGGAAGGGGAGGAAGACUUUGGCGGAGCUUGUGAGGGAGAGGGAGGUGGAGGGUAGUACGGCAAGGCAGAGCGAGGACUCGGAGGGGAGUUUUUUGGAGGGGAGGUUUAGGGGGAGUCCGAGGAGGGGGGCGGAGAGGGGGAGGAGGACAUUGAGGAGUACGAUGUAA